UGGGCGGAGCGCCACCCCCCGGCCUGGCAGUGCUGUUCGGUGCGGCGGGGCGCGCGGAAGGAUCGGCGCGGCCAUGCGGGUCCCGAAUCGGAGCCCGAACCCGAGCCCGAUCUUCGGCGCGGCGCGGCUCCCCCGACGGAGGCGACGGGCGCGGGGCGCGCUCUGAGGCCUGGGGAUGCGCCGCCGCCUCGACCAUGGGCGCCGUCGCCUCCCGGAGGAGGGCGCUGCGGAGCGAGGCCAUGUCCUCGGUGGCGGCCAAAGUGCGGUCCGGCCAAGGUGCACCGGCACCCAAGGGUCCCCGAACUGCGACCUGCCAGCCCUGGGCGUUCUGAGAGCAGCCCGAGCGUUUGGCGAGUACCUGUCCCAGAGUCACCCCGAGAACAGAAACGGUGCAGACCACCUGCUGGCUGACGCCUACUCUGGCCACGACGGGUCCCCCGAGAUGCAGCCUGCCCCCCAGAACAAACGCCGCCUCUCCCUCAUCUCCAACGGCCGCUAUGAGGGCAGCCUCCCGGAGGAGGCCGUCAGUGGGAAGCCGGCCGGCGAGGGCCCCCAGCCCCGUGUGUAUACCAUCUCUGGGGAGCCGGCCCUGCUGCCCGGCCCCGAGGCCGAGGCCAUCGAGCUGGCUGUGGUGAAGGGGCGGCAGCAGCGGGAGCGGCACCCCCGCCACCAUAGCCAGCCCCUGCGCGCCAGCCCGGGCGGCAGUCGUGAGGACGUCAGCAGACCCUGCCACAGCUGGGCGGGCAGCCGCCAGGGCUCCAAGGAAUGUCCCGGAUGUGCCCAGCUCGCCCCCAGUCCUUCCCCUCAGGCCUUUGGGCUGGACCAACCGCCCCUGCCUGAGGCCGCCAGCCGCCGCAAGAAGCUGGAGAGGAUGUACAGCGUUGACCGCGUGUCUGAUGACAUCCCCAUCCGUACCUGGUUCCCCAAGGAAAACCUCUUCAGUUUCCAGACAGCAACCACAACUAUGCAAGCGGUGUUCAGGGGCUACGCGGAGAGGAAGCGCCGGAAACGGGAGAAUGAUUCCGCGUCUGUAAUCCAGAGGAACUUCCGCAAACACCUGCGCAUGGUCGGCAGCCGGCGGGUGAAGGCCCAGACGUUCGCCGAGCGGCGCGAGCGGAGCUUCAGCCGGUCCUGGAGCGACCCCACCCCCAUGAAAGCCGACACCUCCCACGACUCCCGAGACAGUAGUGACCUGCAGAGCUCACACUGCACCCUGGGCGAGGCCUUUGAGGACCUGGACUGGGAGACGGAGAGGGGCCUGGAGGCUGUAGCCUGUGACACUGAGGGCUUCGUGCCACCCAAGGUCAUGCUCAUCUCCUCUAAAGUGCCCAAAGCUGAGUACAUCCCCACCAUCCUCCGCAGGGACGACCCCUCCAUCAUUCCCAUCCUCUACGACCACGAGCACGCCACCUUCGAGGACAUUCUGGAGGAGAUAGAGAAGAAGCUGAACGUCUACCACAAGGGGGCCAAAAUCUGGAAGAUGCUGAUUUUCUGCCAGGGCGGCCCAGGACACCUGUACUUGCUCAAGAACAAGGUGGCCACCUUUGCCAAAGUGGAGAAGGAAGAGGACAUGAUCCACUUCUGGAAACGGUUGAGCCGCCUGAUGAGCAAAGUGAACCCGGAGCCGAACGUCAUCCACGUCAUGGGCUGCUAUGUCCUGGGGAACCCCAACGGGGAGAAGCUGUUCCAGAACCUCAGGACUCUCAUGACCCCUUACAGGGUCACCUUCGAGUCCCCCCUGGAGCUGUCAGCCCAAGGGAAGCAGAUGAUCGAGACCUACUUUGACUUCCGGCUGUACCGCCUGUGGAAAAGCCGCCAGCACUCGAAGCUGCUGGCCUUCGAGGACGUUCUGUGAGGGGCGGGUCACCACCCGGCCGCUUCCUCGGCCCAGCGACUGGGGCUGGGCCGCUGUGUGCUGCCCGGUACCGCGUGGGUUCUGGUCUUCACGGCCACUUCAGGGCACCCUCAGACGUCGCUCAGGUUCCCUUCCAGGGGUCUGGUCCUCAAGGCAUCACGGGUCAAAGAGGUCACAGCCCCCACGCCGGGAGGAGCCACCGCGGCCGGUGGACGUUGACCGGGUCUAGGCCUCGCCCGGAGGCUGCAGCUCUGGGGCGGCGCCUGGGCAGCUUCAUAGAAAUAAGUGCAAUUUUCUACAGCCCCUGAGACGACUCAAAGGGAAGCAGCGUUACUAGUUAACUAGUUAAGUGCUCCGCUACUAGUCAUGGCGUAGAUCACCCGGCUCAACGUGUGUUCAGGACCUUGUCUGCCCCAGCGCGCCCCAGCCCCGCCGUAUCUGAUCACCAGCACCAGGGCGGCCCGCCUGCCCGGCCUGCCUCCGUCCCUGGCCGAGUCCCUGAUCGUCUGUGCUUGCACUGCUCUCGCCACCCCUGCUUACCUGACUUCGGCUGCGCCGGCUCGGCAGGGGUGCCUGGGCAGCAGCUGGGGGGCACAGCUUCCUUGCUCUCAGAGCGGGCGCUGGGUCGAGCCAGGCCCUGCCUGCUCCCCGGCCUCCAGGCCCGCCCAGCUCCCUGCUGCUGUCGAGCUCAGCUUUUGGCGGCCGAGCUCUGAAGGCCUCUGCUAGUGCAGAGGCCUGGGGUCUUGGCGGGGCCUGCCGGGGCUGGGUCCUGGUGGGUGAGAAUCCUGCUGCACUCCACGUGGGGGCCUGGACCCUGCAGCCGGAGCCCGAGAGCUGGGCGGCCGGUGUGCUGUGGGCUCGAAGCCUGGCCCGCGGCCCAGUGGGUGAGCUCUCUUGUGCAUAGCUGGGGCUCGGGGGCUGGCCCCCCUUUGCAGAGCCUGGUCUGAGACACCUGGCUGUGCCCCCAGCCAAGGGGGGGCGGGGGCUUGUGCCGGGCUCUGAAAAAUGUACGACCUCCCUUAGAGUGACCAUUAAAUCUGAUCCUCUGCUGCG